AUGGAACUUCCAAUUCCCAAAGGCUACGAGUCUGUUAAUGACGCGAUUGAGUUCAGUGGUGUCGAGCUUUUGAAUGCUGCUAGCAGUGACCCUAGUGCACAGGCGAGAGAUCUGCUUGGAGAGGGCAUGACAGCAACGGAGAGCGAUGCUGAUUCGCAGCUCUUGCUUUACAUUCCUUUCAUGAACAACGUCCAGGUCGCAAGCAUUCUCCUAAAAGUAAACGAGGAAUCACAGGUCCCUAACCGAGCCAAGGUCUGGAACAGUCUACCUGCAGCGUUGUCAUUCGAGGAUGCGGAGAGCCAGAAGGCACCGUUUGAUGGUGCCGUAUCGAGCGUCAAAGAAGGAUGGCGCGAAAUCAAGCUGAGGUUUGUUUUGUUCCAGAAUGUAUCGUCAUUACUUGUUUUUUUGGAUGGUGAAGACCCUGACACCGCCACUGUGUUGGAGAGAUUAGUUAUUGUCGGCCGAAAGGGUCAGACGCGCGCGCAAGCGCCUUUACAAAGCCUCGAGGACGAGGACUAG